AUGCAGCUGGCGCAGAAGGUCUCAGCCACCUGCAGCGACUGGGCAACCCGGAGGCCCAGGUGGGCCCUGGAGUGGGUGUGCGGACGUCGAGGCGCAGGGAACCGCUCGGGCCUUCUGGAAAGGUCGGGCCUGGAGCGUGCGAGGGGGUCAGCGUGGCUCGGGCCGGGCCAGAAAGGCCUUGGUGCACGUGGGGGCCUCUCCCGCGCCGGCUUGGCCAGCCGCCGCUGCCCUGCUCACUGCCGCCUUCCUCCCCGCGCCGGCUCUAGCUUCCCAAGUCUAGCCAAGGAGUGGGACCACAGGACGAUCGGGAGCCACUGCGAGCUGUUCGCGGCCUCGCUGGGCAACCUGGAAUGGUUGCGAUUCUGUCUAAAUAGGCACGGUGGGGAAAUCCUCGCCGAUGACAAGGGUUUCACUGCCAUCCACUCUGCAGCCCAGAGUGGCAAGCUUGCAUGCCUGCAGGUCUUGGUGGAGGAGUACAAGUUUCCCGUGGACCUGCCCACCAACAAUGGCCAGACACCUCUGCACCUUGUCAUCCACGGUGACAACAAGGACAUGGCCCUCCCCUGCAUUCACUAUCUGAUUAAGCAAGGGGCAGCCCUCAACAUCCAGACAUGCAACGGCUCCACACCCCUGCACCUGGCAGCCCGCGAGGGCCUGCUGAGCUGUGUGAAGGUCCUGGUGCAGAAAGGUGCCAACGUCCAUGCCCAAGAUGCCAGGGGCUGCAAACCCAUCGACUACUGCAAAAUAUGGACCCACCGCAUCUGUGCCCGAUUCUUGAAGGAUGCCAUGUGGAAACGGGACAAGAAGGACUUUGCCCAUGAGAUGGGGAAACUGAAGAGGCUCAAGAACCAGCUGAUUCUCAUGGAGGAGGACUACCUGACUGAGUAUCAAAAAGAGCACCAAAUUCUGAGAGAAGCUGACUUUAAGAAGUGGCUCCACCGCAAGCUGUUGCCCCAAGGCCAAUUCCUGAUCCGCGACGCUCGGCGAGAGCCCCGUGCUCCACCCCAGGCCAGCGCCCUUUCCAAGACCGCCAGGCAUGGGGCGCUGCGGCCCCCGGAGAGCUUCCACCCCUCUCCAGAAGCGCGCCUGCGACAGACACUGCCACCCACUCUGCCCUUGGUGAUGCCUGUGCCCACCUACAAGCAACGCGUGGUAAGGAGGCCCACGGUGUGGAAUCGUAGCAACAACCCUGCCAGGUCCCCCACCGCCCAGAUUGGCUACCCGCAGGGCGUCCGCCUGGGCGUGCAUCCCGAAUCCAGGCCGGAGCACGACUUCCGCUGCUUCCUCGAGGUGAGGCCCGACGGGCAUGGUGGUGUGCUCCUGCGCACGGUGGCUGGCAACCAGGUGGCGCCUGUGCCCCGACUGCCUUUUGAGGUGAUAAUCCGCGAGCUGUACCCUUCAGUGCGGCCACACAGGAUGAAGGUGCCCCAGGGCUUUUGUUCUGUCACCCUGAGAGAGGUGCCCCGGAAGCGGCGCCUGGGCAACAGCACCUGCUGGACGGACACUCUGAGCAUGAGCCUGAGAGAGACAUUUGGCGAAGGCUUCCUGGCAGCCGUGCGAGCCCAUCGAGGGCUCCCCACCCUGCCCUCCCCCAAACCACCCCCCACGUAA